CAUGCUCUUAUUUUGAAGACAGCGCACCGGACGUUGUGUGCCCUGUUGGCGGUCGUUGGCUCAGAUUUUCCUCUGCCGCUUCACUUCUCCCCCUCUCAUCACCAUUCACAGGAGACGGACCCAGCCUCUCAGUGAUAUAACGAGCACGAUGGCAGAGCAGGAGCCUACACCAGAGCAGCUGGCAGAGAUUGCAGCAGCCAACGAAGAAAGCACCACCUCAGUCAACUACAAGCCUCCUGCCCAGAAGAGCUUACAGGAGAUCCAGGAGCUGGACAAAGAUGAUGAGAGCCUGCGCAAGUACAAGGAGGCGCUGCUGGGCAACCCUGCAGUUGCAGCAGAUCCCAGCCUCCCCAACGUCCAGGUGACGAAAAUGACUUUGUUGUGUGAGUCAGCGCCAGCCCCUCUGGUCCUUGACCUGACGGGAGACCUGGAGAACUUCAAGAAGACCCCAUUCGUGCUGAAGGAGGGAGUCGAAUACAGAAUGAAGAUCAGCUUCAAGGUCAACAAGGAGAUUGUGUCCGGCCUGAAGUAUAUUCAGACAUCUACCAGGAAAGGAGUAAAGGUUGACAAGUCGGAGUACAUGGUCGGUAGCUACGGGCCCAAACUAACGGAACACGAGUUCCUCACCCCCUUGGAGGAGUCGCCCAAAGGGAUGAUUGCCCGCGGCUGCUACAACGUCAAGUCCAAGUUCACCGAUGAUGACAAACACGAUCAUCUCUCCUGGGAGUGGUGCCUCAGUAUCAAGAAAGACUGGAAAGAUUGAUUCCUCCUCACCACCAUGAUUUGUCCCUCUUUCGUCAUCUUGCUGUCAUUCCAUUCUUUCUGUCUGGAUCCGUCUCUGGUUGAUUUAAGCUUUUUGCUCUCUCCGUCCAUUGACACCAGCUCUCUUCUCCACCCGUUUUCCUUUUCUCGUUUCUAAAUCCCAAUCACUCUAUCAUUCCUCCCAUCAUUAAUGCUUUAUUCGUUUGCACCCGCCCUUCUGUUUAGUAUUAAAUCUUGAAAAUGGAGAAAGCAAACAAUGUGACAACAAUCCAGAUUCUGCAGUUAGGGUUUGUUUAUAAAAAGAGAAAUAAGUAAAAAAAAAAAAAAAAAAAAAAGUAUAUUAUCUGUUAACGGAUGAACUAUGUGAUUCCCUUUUCUGCUUUCUUUUCUUCCCCCUUUUCACUCCUCUCUAUUUUGUACGAGUACCGUGAUCUGCCUUUUGAAAGCAUCUUACAGGAAGCAGUAGUGCUGUAUGUGCAUGGCCACUGUACGCUCAUUGAGUAUUCAUUGCUGGACACAACUCUUGGACGCAGCCCUCCUAAAGCCGCUGAGCAGAUUAUUUGUACCAGGGUCGUGGUAAAUUAUUUGGAAUUAAGGCCACCUCUUUUUCAAAUGACGUAGCACCCUGCAAAGUCUGCUGAGAGAACGGGGGAAACAAAAUUACCUCUAACCCCUUAUGACCCCUGACUUUAGGUGUGGCUGUCGCUCUCAUGAUCAGGGUAUUUUGGCACUUAAUUUAGCAGCCAUGUGGCCUUAACAAGAACCCUUAAGAAGUAGACGAUCCAGUUGAGCCAUUUGCCUUCAGAUUAUUUGAUUAUUUGCCAGACCAUCAUGUGAGACUGUUUUUUAACAAUACUUGUAAUACACGGACAGGACAUCAGGACUUUUAACACCUUUAUUUCAGGGUUGAUUUGUAAAACCGUAACAUGUCGGUGUCGAUCAUAUUAUCUCCACUGACAAACACCGUUUUUCAUCGCAGUACUUGUAGUUUUCUAAACAUCAGAUAAGUUCAGCUGUUUUUUGUUUUUUUUUUAGAUCAUUUACAACAACUGUUAAUGAGUCCAGGCUUUUUGUCACCUCUCGAGUUCCUGAGGCCAUAUUUCCAGGGUUACCUUAGUUGGAACACAGGCACUGUUAAACCGCUCACCUCGUAUUACUCAAGUUGACAAAUUCUGACUGUGCCUCCAGUCUCUUACAACCACAUGCUGCUACUGCUGACUCAGUAGCACUCUGUCCUCAAUAUCAGUGAGAUGAAACCUUGUCUGUUAUUCACUUUUAAACCAGAGCAGAGACAUCAGUCCAUAACCAGACACCAGUGGGUUAACACAUCCUGCCGUUUUUUUUUGUUUGUUUGUUGUUUUUGUUUUUUUUUUUUAUUCACUCCAUAAAUAUGUGAACGAAGUCUGUUUCCACAGCUUCAUUCAGCUGUCACGGACUGAUGUUUCUGUCUGCAGGUUCAGUUUGACUCAAUGUGUGCUACUUGUAUUACCUACAGUUUACUGAUCUCCUGUGUUCACAUUAAAGUGUUCAGACUGGG